AAUAGAGUCAAUUUUUCAUCGUAUAAGUCGAAUUAUAAGGAAUAAAUGGACUGCAACUAUUGGAUUAUACGGUAAAAGUUGGUAUAUACCUUUAUACAAUGUACUUACACUUACCCAACCAUCAUAUAGGAAACAACUACCUAUACUUUCUAUCAAUAUCUUCCUAUAUUCUAUCUCUUUCUUUGUUAGUAAUUAAAUUUAAUUAUUUUUUUAUUGGCUCAUUUUUUAAACAGUGCGUAAACCCAAACAAAAUUGUCAUAUUCUGCUUAAGACUGUGUUGCUCUUGCUAUUUUUUUGCAACUAUUUUUACUCCAUUUGGUUUAACCUUUAGUAUUUAUACAUGCUUUAGUUGGAUAGAAGUACCUCUCAUUGAUUAUGAUGUUGUUGCCAACUAUAUAUAAAUCAUGUAAUUUGAAACAUCCUUCUUUUUAAAAAUAAUUACAUCUCUUUUCCCAACUUUCUAUCCAAAAUCAAAAUGAAAUUAUUUACUUUAUGGAUAAUUGCAAGUUUUCUCUAUGCACAACAAACCUCAGCUGUGUUAUUCAGAGGUAAAACAGAUUAUAAACGUCCCAGUGCCUUAGUUAGAGCUUAUAAUGAUAAUAAAAACAUCAAAACCGUUAAAUCAUAUGAUCAAGUUUCCACGGCUGAUUUAUAUAAAUAUGGAAUUAUAAGAAUUGAAGAUGAUAAAAGUCUUAUUGUUAGUGAAUCGUUAGCUAAUCAACUUACUAAAUCUGAUAAAACAAAAGGUCAUUAUGAUCCUGAAAGAGAUUAUUAUUCUAGUUCUGAAAAAAUGAAAAAAUCAGAUAAAUUUGUUCAAAUUAGUUUUGAAAAUAUUAAAACUAAAACUUCAGAUAAUGUUUGGUCAAGUUUAGGUGGUUGUCGUCAUAAUCGUUCCAAUCAAAAAUCAAGUUAUAAACAAGGUUAUUCCGUUGAUGCUAAUGCUGGUACUAGUGGAUCUCUUAAAUGGACUUUACCUUUAGGUUUAACUCCUAUUCUUGGAUUAGAAGUUACUGCUGGUGGUACUUUAAGUGGAUCAAUUGGUUGUGAUGUAGGUCCAAAAGAAACUCUUUUGGCUCAAAUUAGAACUACUAGUAUUAAAGUUUCUGGGUUAAAACAAAGAACUCUUAAACUUGGUUAUUUCAGUCAUUAUUUCCCUCUUACUCCAACUUAUUUAAGACAAUAUCCUUAUAAGCCAAUUAAACCAUUUCAUGUUAAUCAAAGAAAUAAAGUUCAAUUGAAAUGUAUGGUCAAUAAGAAAGAAAAUCUUAAAUGUCCAAAAUUAGGUCAUCAAACUUCAAUUGAUGAUGAUGAUGAAUUAAGUUUCUGGCCAAUUGAAGAAGAUGGUAAUGAUCCAAAUUUGGUUUUAUUUGAAGAUGGUGAUGAUGAUUAUGAAGUGGUACCAAAUAUGGUUACUGCGGUUGAUUUACCUCAAGAUAAUGAUCAUUUCAUUGAAUAUUAUCAUGAUGAUGAUGCGAUUGAAGAAAUUGAAACUGAAUCUAUCACUCCAGAUGAAAGUGAAACUCCAACUGAAACUGUAAGUGAAAUAACUCCUAAUACUACUCUUACUACAUACUAUAAUAACUAAUUCUAACUUUUUUAAUCUCCCCUUUUUUUAUUGUUGUUAAUUUUUAUAUUUAAUUGUUUUUAAUAAUUGCUGUGUAGUUUAUAUUGUUUCGGACUUUGAAAUAUUUUAGCGGUCCCUUCA